UCAUCAGAGACCGUAUGCAUGCAGAAGACACGCAUGACCAUGCUCUUCUUCUGUUUUCUAGGGGACAGUAUUUCAUAAUUAAUCAUAGUGCUCUUUAAGAACAACUUGACGGUUAACGGUAAGCUAAUCAUAGCUUUUUAUUGUAAGGAAACGCUUUUUUAACAUCGCUCACUAACUUAUUCACCAAGGUCACUGACGUUACCAGUGCAUGUAGUGGGAGCUAAUCCUUCAGCACGUGCGGUUAUAGUAACGUUAGAAGCCACAAGUGCAAAAAAAAAAAUAUGGCUGGACUUAUAAACUUUGAAGAUGAGAAUGAAGUGAAGCAGUUUUUGGACAAUUUGGGAGUGGAGUACAGUUUCCAAUGCUACAAAGAAAAGGAUCCUGAAGGAUGCCAAAGACUCUCAGACUACUUGGAAGGGGUGAAGAAAAACUAUGAAUCUGCAGCUCAAGUGCUCAAACACAACUGUGAAACGAAUGGACAUGGAGAGAGCUGCUAUAAACUGGGGGCUUACCAUAUCACAGGCAAAGGUGGAGUGGCUGAGUGUCUGAAAACAGCCUACUCCUGCUUUAUGCGAUCCUGCAAUACCAACGGAAAGAAGUCUAUAGAUGCCUGCCAUAAUGUUGGUCUGUUAGCCCACGAUGGACGAGUUAAUGAAGAAGGACCCGACGUGACAAUAGCUCAGCAGUACUAUAAGAAGGCCUGUGCUGGUGGCUUCGCUCCUUCCUGCUUUAACCUUAGUGCUUUGUUCAUUCAGGGCAAUUCCAAAGGACUGCCACCCGAUAUGAAUCAAGCUUUGAAGUACGCUAACAGGGCUUGUGAGCUGGGACAUGUGUGGGGCUGUGCCAAUGCAAGUCGUAUGUAUAAACUUGGGGAUGGCACAGAGAAGGAUGACAAGAAAGCAGAGGAGCUGAAGAAUCGAGCAAAGGAGCUGCAUGGUUUAGAGAAAGAAAGGCAGCUCAAAUUUGGGGAAUGAAUGUGACACUUGAUUCAAUUAUCAUUGUUUUUGGUAUGUCCACACAUCUGAUGUUUGGUCAGGCUGUUUGUGGGGGCAAGAUUAUGUGUGAAAAAACAAAACCUGUGCAAGGGUUCAAAGGUAGGAAGUAUGUUCUUUAAAAAAAGAAUGGCUAUGAAUGUGUAUGUAGACAGUCAAAUUCUGGGAGCAGUAUUACUUGACUGAUCUGUUGGUAGAUAUCAGCCAAAUGUAAAGAUAGAAAUGUAAUGCAAUAAAAUGAAUUGUAAUUCA